AUGAUAUAUCUACGCACAUUACUCACACUUGUGACAAUUCCAUAUCAGCUGAGGAAAGAAGGUGCCCUCUUUGCAGGAAAGACGAUCGAAUUUGACUUCAUCUUUUUCUUGGCUAAUUUGCACUGUCUUUUCUUUCUUGAAGCUGUUCUUUUUAUUGAUACAUUGGUUAGCAGAAUGCGUGGUCUUGGAAAAAAGUCAUCCCUCAAGGAGUCAGGAAAACCUCGUUAUUCCAAUUCUGUGGCAAAGCUAAUUUCAUCACCAAAAUUUAGAAAAGGUGGCAAAGUUUCCCAUGUUAAAAAAAUAAAGCCAAGGUCCAAAACUAUUAUUGCUUCAUGCUUGUCGAAGAAGAGAGGUGCUGACUCUACAAGGAAGGGGUCUAGGAAUAAUGAUACUGAUAAAAAGUUGAUGAGCAGAAAAGGAGUUCAUAAGGUACAUGAUACAAAUUCUUCCAAAAAGCUGUCUUCUGUGAAACUUCAGGAUGAGAAGUUCUCAUUCAAGGACUCUGACAAGAAAGGGGAAAAUGCUGAUGGGGAAGUCAAACUUAGAAUAAAAAGGAGAAGAAAGAAGAAAUUACAAAAGGAUAAGGUGGAGUUAGAUGAAACUUCUCGCUUGCAGAGGAGGACAAGAUACCUGCUGAUUAAAAUAAAGCUGGAGCAGAACCUAAUUGAUGCUUAUUCUGGUGAAGGUUGGAAGGGUCAGAGCCGAGAAAAGAUUAAGCCAGAAAAGGAACUACAAAGAGCUAAGAAACAGAUAUUGAAAUGUAAGCUUGGAAUCCGUGAUGCUAUUCAUCAACUGUAUUCUCUGAGUUCAGUGGGUAGCAUGGCAGAUUCUGUUAUUGCUGCAGAUGGAUCUGUUUAUCAUGAACAUAUAUUCUGUGCAAAGUGCAAGUUGAAUGAAGCGUUCCCCGAUAAUGAUAUUAUACUCUGUGAUGGGACAUGCAAUUCUGCAUUCCACCAAAAAUGUCUGGAUCCUCCCUUGGAUACUGAAAAUAUUCCUCGAGGAGAUCAAGGCUGGUUUUGCAAAUUUUGCGAGUGUAAAAUGGAAAUACUAGAAGUAGUCAAUGCUCAUCUUGGGACCUGCUUUUCCAAUGACUGUGGUUGGCAGGAUGUCUUCAAGGAAGAAGCCGCUUUCCCUGAUGGUGAGAAUUCGUUGUUAAACCCAGAUGAAGAAUGGCCUUCAGAUGAUUCUGAAGAUGAUGAUUAUAAUCCAGAAAGGAACGAGAACAGCUGCAGCUUCAGCAUGGGAGGCACCGAAGACAAUGCAUCAGAUGAUGAAUUGUCAACUGAUGUCAGUGUAGGUUCUGAUGAGUCUACUGAUGGGGAAGUUGUUUCUGGCCGCAGACAGAGAAGACGUGUUGAUUAUAAGAAGUUAUAUGAUGAAAUGUUUGGAAAAGAUGGUCCUUUGCAUGAACAAAUUAGUGAUGAUGAAGACUGGGGUCCUGUUAAAAGAAAGCGGAGAGAAAAGGAAUCUGAUGCAGCCAGCACCCUUAUGACUCUCUAUGAAAGUGAGAGAAUUCCAGAUGUCACCCCUACAGAAGUGAAAAGUAAACAUCCUCCAGAUACUCAAGUUAGAAGGGCAUGUUUCCGAAUACCUCGCAAGGCAGUAGAGAAGCUGCGCCAAGUGUUUUCUGAGAAUGAACUUCCUUCUAGAGAUGUGAAAGAGAAUCUUUCAAAAGAGUUGGGACUAGAUCCUGAGAAGGUUAGUAAAUGGUUUAAGAACGCACGUUACUUAGCCCUCAAAACCAGAAAGGAAGAGAGUGCUACAAACCUUCACACUGUUACUCCUGGAAUCUCCAAGGAAUCCACACAUGAAAAUGUGACUGAAAAAGCUGCUGAUCUCAUGGCAUCAGAUUCAGAUGAUUUCUUAGCUGAAACUGUGGUCCAUUCUCCAAGAAAUGUUAAGAAAUCCUUCCGGAGAAAGCACCCAAAAUCAUUAAGCAGCCCUUCGAGGAAAAAUCAACAGAAAGGAUCUUCAUGUGGGUCACCUGCAAAGAGAAACAAGGAUGGAAUGGAGUUGAGUGAUAAUGUGAGCUUGAAGAAGCUUUUGAAAGAAAGAACAAAGGAGAAGAAGGCCAACCUUAUUGCUGGAGGUGGAUGUCGUGUUGCAGAAUUGGAAAUGGAGAGACUAUGUAAAGCCAAAGGUAGGCUAGAAAAUAUGAGACAGAAAUUACUGAAAUUUCAAAAUGCCAAGGCAAAGAAGUCAAAUAAAUCUCUCUUGCAUGAACAGUCUGUCAUUUAUGUUCCAAUAGCAGAACUAAAGGACAAAGUCUGA